GAAGCCCAGGGUGAAUUAUUGCACUGCGGUCAAAACGGCGUAUCUUCGUCGACGGUGGGUGGUGGAGACAAGGUUCGGCAGGUGCGCGUGAGGGGUCUGGAGGCGCAAAAACACGGUGGCGGCGUGGUCGGGCAGCCGGGGUAGGCGUAUGAAUAGAAGUAGUCUACGUAUGAAGCAAGGCGAUGAUCAAGGGCGUCUUGAGGCGUGGGAGGUCAAGGGCGUCUUUGAAUUUGCUUGCACUCUCACGGGGCACUGGGGGAGCCACACAGGGUGGCUGUGCAGCAGAUGAUGUCGAUGGGUGGACGUUGGCCGACGGAUCCGCGACUUGCGCACCAACAAAGCCAGUAGCGCAGCAAGUAGCAGGCUCGGCAAAACUUUUUCACAAGAAGAAAGAAAAACCAAGUGGAAGAGCUGGGAUGGGUGGCAGGUCAAAUAUUGCCCUUUGUGCGAGGGGUACACCCAUGGUUGAUGGUGCACUGCCCGGCCGUCGUGUACGGCUUUCUAGAUGAGGCCUGGCUUGCGGGAUUUUCG